UGCUACUUUUUUUAUUCAACCGUAAAACCUAAAUGCGUUCAUGCGGGUGUUAAUCAUCACUGGAACAAGCGUAUACAGGUUACAUCGAUAUCCCGUAAUUGAAAUGGCAAAACAAUCAAAUUUCCUUUAAGACUCAUUUUCUCAGAAAAUCAUAUUUUCUCGCAAGCCAAAAGGCUCCGUCGCAAGACAGAUCGAAACCCCCUAUCCCUCCUCUCAGAAAUCGUCAGACAUAUUUUGUGCUUUGUAAUUUAGAAUUUGGCUAAUGGGCGACCAUGUAUGGAACACAAUGUUGUGUUAUUGGCAUUUUGGGGUGCGGUAGCUGGUAUGAGGGGGUGGGAUGGAGAAGAAAAGAAUAGAUGACUAUGAAUCAGGACCAGUUCCACCUGUGAGAGUUGACAGAUUUGGAUUUAUAAAGCAGGAUAACUCUCCUGAAGGUUUGGCCAGGAGCAGGUCAGCCUUCGAGUAUCAGAGGGUUGAAAGAAGGACUAGAAAAUGGAGGAAAAUGAUUGGAAUUGGAGGUAGUGAUUGGAAACAUUAUGUUAGGAGGAAGCCUCAUGUUGUCAAACGACGUAUAAGAAAAGGAAUUCCCGAUUGUUUGAGGGGUCUUGUCUGGCAGUUGAUGUCAGGAAGUCGGGAUCUCUUGCUGAUGAACCCUGGUGUUUAUGAGCAACUAGUAAUUUAUGAGACGUCGGCUUCUGAACUGGAUAUAAUUCGGGACAUAUCUCGUACCUUCCCUUUACAUGUUUUCUUUCAGCAGAGACAUGGACCUGGUCAACGGUCCCUGUACAAUGUUUUGAAGGCAUACUCUGUUUAUUAUAGAGAUGUUGGAUAUGUUCAGGGAAUGGGAUUUAUCGCUGGUCUGUUGCUUCUCUAUAUGAGCGAAGAAGAUGCGUUUUGGUUAUUGGUGGCGUUACUGAAAGGAGCUGUUCAUGCUCCAAUGGAAGGAUUAUACUUGGUUGGGUUGCCUCUGGUACAGCAAUAUCUUUUUCAGUUUGACCAUUUGAUGAGAGAGUACUUGCCAAAAUUGGGAGAGCAUUUUACACAAGAAAUGAUAAAUCCUAGCAUGUAUGCGAGCCAGUGGUUCAUAACUGUUUUCUCGUACUCUUUCCCAUUCCAUUUGUCCCUUCGAAUAUGGGAUGCCUUUCUCUUUGAGGGGGUAAAAAUUGUUUUUAAAGUUGGUUUGGCCCUACUGAAGCAUUGCCAGAAUGAUUUGAUAAAACUACCCUUUGAGACACUCAUACAUUCUUUGCGCAACUUCCCUAAGGAUGCAAUGAACCCAGAUACUCUAUUACCAAUGGCCUACUCAAUCAAGGUAUCGAGGCAUUUGGAGGAACUGAAGCAGCAGUACGAAAAGAAUAAUGAGAAACUAGCAGAAUCAAGUGGAAAGCAAAAGCAGCCACAACCCCAGAUGAAUUGAAGGUAUCUAUACUAUGGCAAUGUAGGGACCAAAAUCUUCGGCAAAAGCUUUUGCUUCUAUAGGAAGCAUUGUAGUGGGACCCAGAGUGAAUCUGCGAGGAAUUAUUAUAUGGUCCUAUCUAAUCAAAAAUAGUCACCCAAACAAAAGUUGACAUCCAGCAAAAUAAUGAAUAAAAUUGACACAUUUGUUUGGGUAACAGCUUCUGAUUGAUCGGGAUUAUGUAAUAAUUUUUCGGAGAUUGCAGCUAAAGUCCUAAAUAUCCUAGGGAAAGGAUUCGGUUGAAGUUUUCUCCUUACCUACCCUUCAACAUUGUUCAUUAUUAUUAUACCAGAAACCCCAAUUACUUUAUUAACUGGAUUGUUAAUCUAAUAACAGGGGAAAAAAAAAAGCCCUAGCUGGAGCUGAUGUAUGUAAAGUUUAACGAAUAAUUAAUCUAGUCAUUUUGUCGUGGCAUCAUUUCUUCCUA